AUGUACGGUAAAUCUGCUCUUACUUUGGCCCUUCUCCCGGAGUUGCUUGCUGCACGCUCCAUCGGCAAUACUUUUUCUCCUCGUGGUGUCGACUGCAGCUUCACUAUCGCCCCUAGCUCUGGGGACACUUGUGAAACCUUUGCCGAUAGCUGGGGCAUCACAGUCAAUGACCUGACGUCCAUCAAUCCCGGCCUAGACUGUGCGAACUUCAAUGUUGAGGCCGAGUACUGUGUCUCUGGUAAGGCGAGUGAUGACGAGCCCACCACGACUACCACAACUACCAAGGCUGUUGAGACCGCGACCGCGGUGACGACCUCCAGCUCAAACAAGACUACUCAGACUGCCACCGCGACGUCUUCGGCCAGUGACCAUGAACCUACCCAGCCUGGUCUUGCUAAGAACUGCGACAAGUUCCAUAUGGUUGCGGAUGGAGAUAGCUGUGAUAUAAUUGAAGCAUCAGCUGGAAUCACCCAUUCGCAAUUUUCGAAAUGGAACCCCUACAUCAACGACAAGUGUUCUAACAUCUGGCUGGACUACUACGUCUGCAUCCAUGUUCCCGGCGCAACCACGACAUCUGCUGCUCCCGCGCCCACCGACAACGGCAAACCUCCCACCCAGACAGGCAUUGCUAAGAACUGCGACAAGUUCCACAAGGUUGUCUCCGGUGAUCAGUGCGACUCCAUCCAGACCAAGUAUAAGAUCACCCACGAACAAUUCAUCAGCUGGAACCCCGCCAUUAACUCUGCUUGCACGAACCUGCAGUUGGACUACAACGUGUGUGUCCAUAUUCCCGGUGCAACCAACACCCAUGGCCCUACCCCACAAAUGCCUAACCUUUCAUCGUAG